AUGGCUGACGACUCUUUUUCAAUUGUGCAAGCAUUGACGUUUUUAGAAUUACAAGAUUGUGAAUUUAUUCUUCCUUGCGUCUCCAAGGGCUUCAUCAACCUUGCAACUCUGGUUCUUAAAGAUAUUACCAUUUCUGAUGAAUAUUUUGAGAGUUUGAUAUCCAACUGCCCGCUUCUGAGGAAAUUGGUGUUUUCUGAUUUCUAUGGUUGUUCUCAUCUCAAGGUGAAUGCACCAAAUCUGAAAGAAUUGUUUGUGAAUGGGUUCUUUGAAGAUAUAGAUCUCGAAAAUACCCCAUCAUUAGCUACUCUAUCUGUUGGCUUGGAGGAUGGUGAAGAAGAAGAUCAUGAUAAUGAAGAAGAUUUCGAGGAUGAAUUUGCGCAGAAUGGAGAAUAUCAUAAUUUUAAGAAAUCUCUCAGCGGUGUUCUGAAAAUUGAGAGAUUAGAGUUGCAGACUAACAUGUUCGAGGUUUUAGCCAAAGGCAGCAUAUUAGAAAAACUUCCGACUUACAAUUAUUUGACUAAACUAUACCUUAGUAUGGUUAACUUCAAAGACCUGAGACAUAACUUGAUGAUCUGUUGCUUCUUUCGAAGUUCUCCGGUCUUGCGGACCUUGAAAUUAGAGGCUGAUUCUGAUGAUUCAAUGGCGAUUGUUCCAGCUGAAAGCUUUUGCAAUGGAAACGGAUGCUUGGAUUUCAAGUUCAACAAUCUCCGAACUAUGAAGCUGGUCGAAAUAUGUGGUGAGAUUCCUGAAUUGGACUUCAUAAAGUUUGUUCUAGCAAAUGCGCCGGUGCUGGAGACAUUAAACAUAAGAGUAAUUACCGAUCCUCACGAAGAUGCAAGGAUUUUCAAGGAAAUAAUGCGUUUUCGAAGAGCUUCAACCCAAGCUGAAAUUAUAUGCUUGGACUGAGGAUGUUUUAUUUUCUCAGCUCAGUGUAGAUGUAGAAAAGUUAAAAGAAAAAAUGUUUAACAGAAAAAGGUUUGAAAAUAAACCUUUCCCAUGAAUUCGAUAUUUUUUGUUUUCUUCUGUUCUUUCAAAGGUAGUGUUUGGGCAAUGUUGUUAUCUUUCUUUUGCCCUUUGGUUUUGUAAAAGAGAGGUCAAUGUUGUGAUAUGUUUCUCAGGCAACCAUGUUGGUGUGUUUGGGGCUUGCUUUCUUUUCAUUAUAAAAGAAAACAUUUUUUAUAAG